UACUGAGCAGAGAGAGGAACAGAACAGGCAGUUACAGUAACAUGAGGAAGAACAGAGGCUCUAUGAGUGUGAGGUUGUUGUGGAUCCUGGUGUGGAUAUCAGCAUACGGUCAAGGAUUCUCAGCUGAAGUAUUGUCAAAGAACAUAUUUUUCCUUGCCGGGUCCAGAGGAAGAGUCACUGUCCCAGUUUCCCCCGUGGGUCCACAAGGGACAGAGCACCGAUUCCAAUGGAUAUGGACCUCACAUGACGGCAGACACUCAAACACCACAAUAGCCAAUAUAAUUUCAUCCACUUGGGAAUCUGUAUCGAACACAUUGGGUUUUUCAAAAGGCAGUGGAUAUGGUCUUUCCAUGGGGACAAACUUUGAAAAUGCUGGAGAGUUUGUGUUCAUGCAAACCAAACCAGUUUCAGUUAUUGUGACGAGGUUUCAGGUGUUUGCUUUCAAAGUUACACCCUUUGAAUGGCCUUCAUUUCGUCUGGGUUCUGAUGUGAGUUUUAGUUGUGAGCUGUCCAGCCUACCAGAAGGGACCACACUUCAGUGGGAAAGAGAAGGAGAUCCCACUUCUAACACCACGUUGUUUUACAACAACACUGUCCACAUGGUCAUCCAUAGUGUUGAUCAGAGCAGUAAUGGGAGAUGCAACUGCGCUCUCAAACAGAAUGGAACAUUGUUGUAUGAAAUUUAUAAUACCUUGAAUGUUGAGACAAGCACAUUCAACAUGCCAGUAACUUUGUUCAGAGAGAGCAGCAACAGCAGUGAGGUGGAGAUGAUGUGCAGGUCUUCAUUCUCGUACAGAAAAGCCUCCUGGACCAAGGGCUCAUCUCCAGCGGAAGCACCUGCGACUCUGACAUCAGAUGAUAGACUAGAAAUUGACCGGUUCUCAUCUCCCACUUUCAAACAAAAAGAUUUUCCCCUGAGACUUUCACCAGUGGAAUUUGAGGAUGGAGGAGUGUUCAGAUGUAAUUUUAAUAACAAACUCAUGUCUUAUGUUCAACUCACAACCAUUCAAGUCUCUGCAUCUAGAGGCCCCCCUGGUGGCCAGUCGGUGGUGCUGAAGUGUGAAGUGUCGGAGGUGAACGGUGACCCUGUGACCCUGGCCUGGCUGAGGAUGGAGGGGAGGACGGGGCUAGUGGUCAAAAAGGACAUCCUUACAGAGAGUCAACCCAACUGGACACUCAGUGUGACCCUGCCCAGCCUCCAAAGGGACCAGCUGGACUGGCAGUGUGCGGUGUUCAGAGAGGACAUGCUCAGAGCGAGUGUUCCCCUCAGACUCCGUGGUGCUGGUGGAAGAUCUGGGAUACCAGGCCUAGUGUUACCAUCGCCUCUGAAAGACGACACCUUGCAGAUUUCGAUCAUUGUGGCCUGUACAGCGUUGGUUGUUGCCGGGAUACUGAUUGGUGCUCUGGUGUUCCACCUGAAGAGGAAGAAGACAGACCCAGCUGUGACAUCCCUACCACUUACCCAGAAGAAUGACCCAGUCUAUGGUAACAUCACUGAUCCACUAGCACACCAAGAGCUCCAGGGGGGGCAAGAUGGCAAUGAGGAAGUUCAUUACUCCGAACUUGCUUUGGGUGAACCCAGGCUUGGUGAUCCCAACAGAGUCACAUCAGGGUCAAAUCACGUACAGGAAAGGGGUGCUGUGAUCUAUUCGACGCUCAACAUAUAAAAACACCUGUCUUUCAGCAGGAUAAAACUCCUGUGUUAAAAUGCAGGGAUUCUUUCUGUUUAUUUCUUAGUUUGUUCAUUAGACUAUUGUGUAGUUUUGUACCUGAGUUUGUCACAAUGUAAAGGAAGGCUGUGCUUAUUUCCAUCCUGCUCACAUGCCCACAGCUGGCAGCACACAAGUCAUUAUCAAAUCGGAAAGCAGCUGCACAAGACUAAUCGUAAUGCCCGUAGUAAACUUUGUUUCACUUAUGAAGGAACAUCGAUGAAUUACACAAUGUUCAGGGGACAAUAUGUUAAAAUUCAAAUAGCUUCAAAUGUAAAUGACUUAAAAACCUCAAACCAACUAUAAAUUGUAGAAGUUCAUACAUACAGUUGAAGUCGGACGUUUACAUACACUUAGGUUGGAGUCAU